CCAUCUGGGAGUGUCACCUGCUUCGGGACGGGAACCUGGCCGGGGGCGGGCUCUGAGGAUUUCAAACUUGGCUUUUCCCGGUUCUUUACCUUUGCUUCCCCUUGCUGGGACUCUUGCACAGCUUCUCCUGUCCCCGAGGAGGUGAGACCCCUGUCCCUGUGGGCUGGCUCUGGAAGGGGGGCUGCGCUCUCUUCCCUCUUCAUCCCUUCCCUCCCCCUCCCCCACCCGUUUCCCCGCUCCCACUCUCUUCGCACGGGGCUGCCCCUCCCCGCCCCCCACAUUAAUGGGGCUUCUCCCCAGAACUGGAGCCUCGGACGCCCCCACCAGCCGAGGCCCUGCCAGGACUGCUGUCGGGGCACUGCCAGGCCCUUCUUUCCCGGGAGCCUCUCUGGCUGACCUGAGUGCUGGGCACUCGGGAGCUCCCCCUCCACCCCUGGCCUGAUGGCAUUUCCAAGGGACAAAGGGGUCUGGGAGCUGCCGGGACGGAGGAGCCGAGCCCCCUCACGGGUCCCUUUUCCCUUCCAGCGUCGCCUUCUGGGACCCCCCAGGCCUGGGAGCAGCGAGCAUGGAGGAGGGUGGAGACGGCGCCGGGCUGCUCCCCUGCAGGCCCCCCCAGGCCUCCGUGACAUUUGAGGAUGUGGCCGUGGACUUCACCUGGGAGGAGUGGAGGCUCCUGGACCCUUCCCAGAAGGAGCUGUACUGGGAGGUGAUGCUGGAGAACUACAGGAACCUGGUGUGCCUGGGCCUUGCUGAUUCCCACCAGAAUGUGAUUAUCUCUGAGCCGGAGUCAGGAGAACCACAUUGGAUUCCAACUGGUGGUGUCCUAAGAAGCUGCUGGUCAGGUUGGGACAUUAGGCCUCAGACAAAGAAGUCAGCUCUCAAGAUGAGUAUUUCUGUGAAAGUCUUAUCCCAGGAAAAAUUCUUGGAGGAUGAUCCAAGUGUCUACAAGAUGGAGAAAUCCUGGGAAUGUGAUGACAAGUUGAAGAAAAAGCAGAGCAUUCAGGGGAAACCUAGAGGAAUAAAAAUAAUCCAAGUAGAACCUCCCAAUGAGGUCAGAGUCUCUGAAUAUAGUAAAUACAGUCAGAUCUCUAGCCCAGAGCCAGACCUUUUUCCAGAACAGGGAGUAUCUGUAGUUAUGAAGUGCCAGGAAGGAGGUAAUCAGAGAGGGAGUUACACCAUGUAUUCAAACCGAGGACAAUGUAAUCAAAUCUAUUCCAGAAAGAAAUGUCAGAAAGUGCUGGGUCAUGAUUUGGGCUGCAUAAAAAAACAUGGAAUUCAUUCCGAAGAGAAAGUUCAUGAAAGGGGGAAUUCUUUCCUUCGAAAUAACAAACUUAGUCUACACCAGACAACUGAUAGGGGGAAAAAGUGUAAUGAAUUGACUAAACGUAGGAAGAUGGGUCAUGCUAAACGCUCUCAUCUUCAGAGUACAGAGAGACAGUACAAAUGCAAUGAAUGUGGAAAGGCCUUUCAGCAAAAGGGGUCUCUUGAAGCACAUUGCAGAAUUCAUACUGGAGAGAAACCCUUUAAAUGUAGUCAAUGUGGUAGGGCUUUCUGCCAAAAGAUAGAUCUCAUCCGACAUUUUAGGAUUCAUACUGGAGAAAAACCAUUUAAAUGCAGUGAUUGUGGGAAAGCCUUUUCUCGGAGCACAAGCCUAACUUUACAUGAGAGAUCUCAUACUGGAGAGAAACCAUAUGAAUGCAAUGAAUGUGGGAAGACAUUCCGGUCAAGCUCUCACCUUUCAGAACACCGUAGAAUUCAUACUGGAGAGAAACCAUAUGAAUGCAGUGAAUGUGGAAAGGCUUUUUCUAGAAAGCAAGAUCUUAUCAACCAUAAUAGGAUUCAUACUGGAGAACAACCUUUUCAAUGCAACCUUUGUGGGAAAAGUUUUCCCUGGAGAAGGUCACUGACUGGACACCAGAGAAUUCAUACUGGAGAACAACCUUUUCAGUGCAAUGUUUGUGGGAAAGGUUUUCCCUGGAGAAAUUCACUGACCCGACAUCAGAGAAUUCAUACUGGAAAACAACCUUUUCAAUGCAAUGUCUGUUGGAAAGGUUUUCCCUGGAGACAUUCACUGACCCAACAUCAGAGAAUUCAUACUGGAGAACCACCUUUUCAUUGCAAUGUCUGUGAGAAAGAUUUUUUCUGGAAAAAGUCACUGAUCCGACAUCUAAGAAUUCAUACUGGAGAGUAACUUUAUAAAUGUAAAUAUUAUAGGAAAUUCUUUCCCAGACGCUCAGCAAUGACUUGCCAUCAGAGGAUGCAUACUGAAUCCUAUGAGUGCAAUGAAAGUGGAAAGGCUUCCAUCCAAAAUAAAAAUCUUAAAUUGUGUGAAAAAAAGAUUCAUGCCCCCCCCCAACCUUAGGAAUGUAAUUAAUGUGGAAAGACAUCCCUCUGGAUCAUAACUGCUUCUUCAGCAUAAAAGAAUUCUUGAUGGAGUGAACCUCAUUAAUAUUGAAGCAAUACUUUGUUCUGGAAGGGACUCCUUGAUAAAUUUCCUUCAUAUUAGAAAGAAACCAUAGAAAUAUGAUGCCUGUGGAAAGUCCUUCUGUUAAUGAUAGUGAACCAUUUCUCCUUAUUAGAGGAGUCAUUGGCUAGAGAUGCAAAGGAGGCUCACAAGUAGCCAGAACGCUGACUGAUUUUAUUUUUUAUAAUAUUUAUUAUUCUUAGUUUAUAAUAAAUAAUAUUUAUUAUUUUC